GAGUAUCAUUUCAAAUAUAUUAAUUCUUUUGGUAAGAUUACAUCGAUUUUCAUUCUUUAAAAGGGUAUUGGUUUCCUUCGGGUAGAUUUUCUUUCUCUAUUCUAUUCAUCAUCUCUACAGUACCAAUCAACAGUAGAUUUUCAUUCCUUUCAAGCAAAAUCUUACCAUCUCUCUCAACCUCAAACUUUAAACUCAAUCAAAAUGGUUUUCUCAAUUAAGAACGUGGCUAUUGCCUCUGCCUUUCUCUCCCUUGCUCAAGGAUCAGUUGUUGGAAAACGUGCUCUCACCGGUCAAGCUACUUCUUAUGGUGGCAAUACCAAUGGAGGAGCUUGUUCAUUCUCUACCUACACUCUUCCAUCCAAUAUCCUUGGUACCGCGGUCUCCGAUUCCAACUGGUCUACUGCAGCAAAUUGUGGUCGUUGUGUUUCAGUUACUGGUCCAUCUGGUAACAGCAUUACCGCUAUGGUAUGUAUUUUAUAUCUCACCUUUAUCCCGUCAAUCAAUCAUGACAUGCUCAUCAAAACUAACACACCCUAGAUCACCGACGAAUGUCCCGGUUGCGGAACCAACCAUCUCGAUCUCUACCAAAAUGCCUUCACCAAACUCGCCUCCCUCAGCGUAGGCAUCAUCAACGUAUCCUGGAAUUACGUCCCUUGCCCCAUCACCACCCCUCUCCAAGUCCACCUCAAGGAAGGAGUCUCAGCCUACUGGUUCAGCAUGCAAGUAGUCAACGCCGCCGAAGGAGUCUCCAAACUCGAAGUCUCCACCGACGGAAGUAAAACCUGGAAAUCCACCACCCGUACCACAUACAACUUCUUUGAAAACAGCUCUGGUUUCGGAACCACCUCUGUUGAUGUCAAAGUCACCGGUUUGAGUGGCGGUACCGUUAUCAUUAAGAAUGUGAAAGUCACACCCGGACUCGUCGUUACUGCUUCUUCAAAUUUGAAAACCGGAACCACGAAGGCUAAAUCUAUCAUUACGGCUACUUCAGAGGAUUCGGAUGAGUGUGAUGAAUCUUAGAUACAUCACUUCAUUCAUGUAAUGAUACACGAGACGAGGAAUCAAUCAAUCAAUCAAUCUCAUGAAAAAUGGAGAAAUUAUACACGGCUUGCAACGCAGGAAGUGGUUAAUUGUUUUAUUUUAUUGUAUAUAGUUUAGUUCAGGUUAGAUUGGAUUAGAUUAGAUUGUUGGAUCGAGUUUCAUGAGAUGAUGAAAUGGUAUGUAUAUAUGCUUGGAUGGAUGGGUGGAUGGAUUUUGAUUGUAUUGUACUGUAUUGAAUUGAAUUGAAUUGAACGAAAGAUUGGAGGGAUUGAGGAAGAUUUUAGAGUUGUAUAUAUCUAUUCUCAUUUUUAUUCUUAUUCUUCUAAAUAUUUAAAUA